CUUGUUUCUGACACGUCUGGGAUUCGCCCGCCUCCGUCUCCAAAUUUUCUCCAGCCAAUGAGAAGGAAACGAAACGACGUCGCUCUAUCCAUUCCAAACGACGUCGUUGCUGUUUUUCUGAGCUUGAGAUUGGGGGUUUUGGCCUCUUUGCUUUAGUCUAGUUUCAAAACAACAGCCGGAGCAAGAUCUUGGCAAUGCCGGAGCUGGCCGAAAGUGUUGUAGAGUAAGCUCUCCGGAUAAGAGGCUAGAAAUCGAUUGUUUCCGCAGAUGUCGUCACCUGCUCCGGCUUCAUCGGCGACCACCAACAGGACCAGUCCACCACCUCCGCCUCCGACUACAAACGGAACCAUUCAAGCUCCUGUCGCUUCUCCUCCGCCUCCGGGGGGUCCACGUCCGCCGAGUGGAUUGACGACGGCGACACUGAUUACGUUGAUUGUUGGAAUUGUGAUUGGUGGACUGUUUGUGCUGAUUGGUGUGGGAGUUCUGGUAAUUUUCUGUAGGCAGAAGAAGAGGAGGGACCAGUAUGGGUUGACCAAUGUCUCUGGAUCCAAAGAUGACCCUUCUGCCCCACUUCAGCACUGGCAACAGAAUGCACAUCAGCCAACAAAUAAUACAGAUCCAAUGCUACCAAAGCAUGCUCCUCUACUGAGCAUUGGGUCAAAACCCCAACUGUCACCAGUGCAUAUUCCUGCUUCGCCACCACCAAUGGGCAUUUUGGGGACUGAGAAGCCACUUGCACCACCAUCCCCAGGCAUCUCCUUGGGUUUCUCAAAGAGCGCAUUCACAUAUGAAGAAUUAGCAAUUGCAACAGAUGGCUUCUCCAAUAUUAACCUCCUUGGUCAAGGUGGCUUUGGGUAUGUUCAUAAAGGAGUGCUUCCAAAUGGGAGAGAGGUUGCUAUUAAGCAUUUAAAAGCUGGAAGUGGGCAGGGUGAACGAGAAUUUCAGGCGGAGGUUGAGAUCAUUAGCCGUGUCCACCACAAGCAUCUUGUUUCACUGGUUGGAUACUGCACCACUGGGGCUCAGAGAAUGCUUGUUUAUGAGUUUGUUCCCAAUGGCACCUUGCAACACCAUUUGCAUGGUACGGGGAGACCAACUAUGAACUGGGCAACUAGAAUUAAGAUUGCUCUAGGCUCUGCAAAAGGAUUGGCAUACUUACAUGAGGACUGUCAUCCCAAGAUCAUACAUCGUGAUAUCAAGGCAGCUAAUAUUCUUCUUGAUCAUAAUUUUGAGGCCAAGGUUGCAGAUUUUGGACUUGCUAAGUUUGCUUCUGAUACUGAUACUCAUGUCUCCACCCGGGUAAUGGGAACUUUUGGUUACUUGGCUCCUGAGUAUGCAUCAAGUGGGAAACUCACUGAUAAGUCAGAUGUCUUUUCCUUUGGGGUUGUGCUUCUGGAGUUGAUCACUGGACGCCGGCCUAUUGAUAAAACUGAGAAUGAGAGCAUCGUUGACUGGGCAAGGCCUUUGCUCACACAAGCUCUGGAAGAAAGCAAGUACGAUGCUCUUGUUGAUCCAAACUUGCAGAAGGACUACAACUACAAUGAAAUGGCUCGAAUGGUUGCUUGUGCUGCUGUUUGUGUGCGUUAUUUGGCACGUCUACGCCCGCGAAUGAGCCAGGUAGUCCGAGCCUUGGAAGGAAACCUACCGCUGGAUGAUCUAAAUGAAGGAAUCAUACCUGGGCACAGCAGUUUUCACUGUCGCUAUGGUAGCUCAGAUGAUGACACUAUCCAUGGCAGUGAGGAUCUGAAGAAAUUCAGGAAGAUGGCAUUGGAAAGCCAUGAGCAAGGUAGUAUAGAGUGCACUGUGCCCAUCAGCGCAUCUGAUCCUCACACAUCUAACUCGAGCUUUUGGGGCCAACAAACUUGCAAAGAGGUGGAGAUGGAGAAACACAAGGAAAACAUUCAAAACUCAAGUGAAAGCUCUUAACAACUGAUGCUCAUUUUCGAAGAGAACCAACCCCAGUUUUCAGAUCCUAUCCCUUCCACGUAGAACCUGAAAAGCAAAAAAAAAGGGUGCUCCCUAGGACUGUUGGUCAGCAUAAAAAAAAUCAGGUUUCUUCAUCUCAGUAGAUCACAUGUACAGAGAAGUCAGCUUGAUAGAUGAGUGAUUUAUUUAUCUGAUUUUUCAUAUUCUUUCUUCAAAACAUUCGUGCGAGCUUACACCCCUCUAAACAGUGGUCAUAUAAUGGAAUACUAGAUUGCCUUGUUGUAAUAAUAUAUACUAGAUUAGAUAUAAUUCAGUAGAGAAGAAAAAAAAAAAUCCAAGUUUAGGUGAGGGUGGAGCUAGUAUCUUGUAUGUAUUGAUGUUUGUUCUAUAUAUAUUAUGCAGUAGUUAUGGAGCGAAUCA